AUGUCAAGCUCGAGAUUGGAAAACGCGCCUUCACAACCACCAUCCCCGACUGCUGGCGGUUUAUUUGCUUUGCCGAUCGAGAUUCGCCAUGAUAUCUUUAAGCGGGUGCUCGCUGUGUCUGACCCCUUGUAUCUCUUUCAGGAUCCCGGAGGCCCAGUGAAGUCUUUCAUGCCCUCUACCUAUAAACCGUAUGCAUGGCUUGCAUUAUUGUAUACCAGCCGACAGGUAUCCUAUGAGGCCAGGGCUGUCUUAUACGGCGUGAACCGAUUCAUCCUCGAGGAAGUGGAACUAGCAAAUUACCGAGGCAAACUUCUGAAUUCCUUUAUAACGUGCAUUGGAUCUGUUAAUGCAGGCCUUUUGUCACACUUACGCAUCACCUUUCCGGCCACAGAAAGGAUAGAUGGUCAGUCAGGAGAAAUCCGGCUCACAGAGGACAGUCUGCAGGAUUUGCGGCUUCUUCAAAAUGAGUGCACUAAGUUGACUACACUGGAGGUCCUCGUAUACAGCCAAAGUUCCAGCUACCUAAUUACAGAGGAUCAGGACAAUACCGAAUUUGCUCGCGAUGUAUUGUUGAAAAUCAACGCAGAAUUCAGAUACAUCCCUUCUCUGGCCAGAAUCAUUCUUAGGGUCUCCAGCGGAUCUCCAGCCUCUUCGAUGAGGGCGUUUCUGGAUGGCCUUGGAUGGGUUGUCUUGAUCGGCGAUAGAUAG